GUUCCUGAUUCACUGGUUUCAACCCUUCCCCACCAUCCUUUGGAUGUAAACUUUUCUGGGUUUCAGUUCUUUAUAACUAGGUUCUGCCAGAGUCCAAAAUGGCAAUUGAAAAGGAAAAACGAACUCCUACCGAGACAUCAGCGUGGGUCUCUGCGCAUGUGCAGUGACCCUAGCCUAGAGCCCCGGACGUAGGCUGAGCGUGGGGGUUACGCACCUGCGCUCGGCUUGCUGGUGCAUUGGCUGCCGGGAGGGAAGUGGAGUAUGUCUACCCCUUUUGAGGAACGGAGUGGAGUGGUUCUGUGCGGGACGCCGUGGGGCCAGUGGUAUCAGACCCUGGAGGAGGUGUUCAUUGAAGUUCAGGUUCCUCCAGGCACUCGCGCCCAGGAUAUCCAGUGCGGCCUGCAGAGCCGUCAUGUGGCGCUGGCCGUGGGUGGCCGCGAGAUCCUCAAGGGUAAACUCUUUGAUUCUACAAUAGCUGAUGAGGGAACAUGGACUUUAGAGGACAGAAAAAUGGUUCGUAUUGUUCUUACGAAGACAAAGAGAGAUGCAGCAAACUGUUGGACUUCUCUUCUAGAAUCUGAAUAUGCGGCUGAUCCUUGGGUGCAAGACCAAAUGCAGAGAAAACUUACCUUGGAGAGAUUCCAGAAAGAAAAGAUAUUGGCAACCCAAAUCAAAGAAACAGAUUAUGUGGUGGAAGAAAAAUGUGGAUGCUUACAAUUAAUGAAUUGCAAAAUAUAGUUAAAUGUAGUUCUAAAAAUUGCAUUCAAACGUGAUUUAUAUAGGAAAUAUCAUAACUACUGUGGGAAGUAUUCUGUGGAUAUAUGGUAACCUUUUUUGGAUUAAUUUUUGCUCAGUAUGAAGUUUUAUAUGUUCCUAUUUAAACUCAGUAAUUUUGUAUUUAAUCUGUAUUUUUAAUACAAAAAAACCCAUUAGAGUAUAGUUCAUGUGAGAUGCCAGGGUGCCUUCAUGGAAAAUUAAGUUUUUCUUUCCGUAAGUGUGAUCCAGGAAUAAUGUUGAAUAAACUUUUCUAAAUAGGAA